AUGAACCAACUGCAGGCUUUGCUGAAUGACAGUCUUAUCAGAACAAAGCACGUGGAAAACGCAGCUAUCAUCGACAUAAGGGAAAGAAAAGUCUGUGCAUCAACCUUUGGCUUUAAUGUGCCACCAGAGAAUGCUUUAAACCUUAUCUACACUUUCCACAAGAACUUAGUGCAAGUUAGAAGGGGAGGACUCUACUUCAAGGAGAAGCACUAUAAAUGUGUCCGUGCAGAUGAGCAUUCCAUCUACCUUCAAAAUCCAGAUGGAGGCCUGAUAGUUGUGAAGACAAAAACUUUCAUCCUGAUUGCUACUUACAGAGUGGGCAUGUAUCCCAGUGUGUGCGUGGAAGCUGUGGAGAAACUAGCGGACUACUUUAGAGAGAAAGGUAGCUGAAUCAGCAGAAAACAUGAACUUCAUCAACCUCAGAAGGACUGCUCACGAGGAAAUGAAGUAUAGAAGUUUGAAGCAGUUUAAGCAAGGAACUACUGCUUUACAACAUUCCAACUGCUGAGUUUCUUUCUGUUUUUUCAAGAACACUUGAGGGCUCGCUGCUCGUAAGAGGACUACCUUAUGCAUCUUUCAUCUAAGUUUCUUAACUGAAUUGAAAGUAAUGUCUUCAAGAUUUGGUUUAAGAUGCUCUGCUUAAUCUUUCUAAUGUUGUCUUUCAGCCUAUUUCCAGAUAAGAAAAUUAUUAAUCUCCCUAAGCAAAGAAACUUCUCUCACAGCGUUAAAGCUAUGUACGCGUAGCAUCACAAGCCCAAGGGGCAAAGGAAA